AAAAAAUUACUCAUAAAACCCUAUCCUUGCUCCCCGCUCCCCUCCCCGAAGACGGCCUAGGUCCCGCUCCGAUUCCGUUAACAGCAGUGGCAUGAAGUUCGCCGUGAAGGCAUGGAGCAACGGAAGAGCACGGGCAGGUGUGCUCCACCUGGGCUGCUGCCCAACCCCCAUCGAGACUCCUUCUCGUCUCCUCUCCACCUGUAAAGGCCUGCCCCUUUUCAUCUCUCCUGACCUUCUCCCUUCCUUCCCUUCCCCUGACUCCCGUCUCCUCCAUGUUAGCCCCCUUCACUUCUUGGAAGGCCUUUCGAUCAAAACAAUAUCAAAAAUCGGAGGGCUUCACCAGCUGCUCGGUUUGCAUGAAUAUGGGUUUGUGGCUGUACCAGGGAUUCCAUUCAAUGCCUUCCGGAAGUUAUAAGGGUAGUUUUAAAAAUUAACAUUAUAUAUCUCGUAAAAUAUUUAUAAAAUAAAUACUG